AUGAACGACUACGUUCCUAGUAGUGCGAUCAAUCUUCUCGAUUUACUACAUCAAUUCUGGCAUUUCAUGCGCCAAAAUUGGAUGGUCAAUCAAUAUGAGGACUGGACUCGAUUCUACCUGUGUGUACCGGCAAUAUUCUUUGCAUUAUUUUGGAUCUUUCCAUGGAGGAGACGCAAUUGCUGGUUUUGCAAUCGCAAUAAUUGGGUUGCUACAUCACAACGAAACAGUUGGUAUUGCCAAUUUUGCUCUCAAUAUAAUGGCUUUAAUGCAGAUGGUGGUUAUAACAAAGAAAUAAACGAAAUGGUGAAUGGAAAUCACGAAUAUGCAGACACAAUAGUUAUGAACAGAAACAGCUCAAACGUAAAACAACCAGCUACACCUUUAACGAUGCGAGCAACACUUUGUAUAGAAUGCUACAGGAAGCAAGAGAUUAUAAUAAAUCAGAUUGCCAAAUUUCCCGAGAAAUAUGAUAAUAAUCAACCAUUUGAAGCAUUCAAAGCCGCACUAGAAAAACAAUAUCCCUUAUGUAAAAGUUGUCAAUGUAUCGUCAAACGACAUCUAACACUACAAAAUCGUUUCAUAAAGUCCGAAAUUUUGAAAGAAUCAUUAAAAAAGAGCAUGAUGAAGAAGUAUGCACCAACCAACAGAAGACCGCCGAAAGUGAUGAUUGUUAUUCAAUUUAUGGUACUAUUUUGUUCAUGCCUCCUACUAGCGAAAACUAUGUCAACAAUAAUAGCUAACUGUAAAUUUGAAGCGGGAAUAGUCUGUAAUUAUACGCAAAAUAGGUUGCGAAAGCAUAAAUUCCGGCGCCUUAACUCCAAAUCGGAUACUAACGACACGUCUGAUUCAAGUUUAAGCGAGAGUUGGAUGCCACAGUUAGAACAAUCUUCGAUGCUCAACAAUGGACUACCAAGCAAUGUUGAUAAUCUGUUUGAUUCUUUAGAAUCUUUAAAUAUUGGUGCUCGUCAAAGUCGUAUGCCUGAAUACCGUAAUGUAUUUUAUUCUAAUACCAACUUGGCAAACAAUGUAACAUAUGAAUCUGGUCAAAAUAUGGAUAACCACACCAGGAGUUGUACAAGUAACUGUCCGAAUAACAAAGAAAUUGCUGCAAUUUCGACCUUAGUUCCAAAACUACUGGUUACUAAUGACAACAAGCCGCUAAUUCUGAGACAUGUCACUUUAAAUUCACGAGUUUACCUUGUCUCAAACACCUUAUACAGUAUCUCGCCUUCUGGCUUGGAUUAUAUCAACAGCUUAUAG